AUGUAAUAUAUAGGAUUAGUCUUACUAUUAGCAACAGCUUUAUCUUAGAGUAGAUUAUCAGUAGAUGUAUAUACAGAAUCUUUAUGUCCUGAUUGUAUGGAAUUUUUAUUGAACUCCUUAACAGAGGCAGUUGAUACUCCAGAUAUUGAAUAGAUGGUAAAUAUAAGAGUAGUACCAUAUGGAAAUGUUAAGAGAGUAUAUAAUUAAGCAACUGGUAAAUGGUAAUUCACAUGCCAACAUGGAGCAGUAGAAUGUUAUGGAAAUUAUAUCUAAUUAUGUGGUUAGAGUAUAUUGGCACAAAAAUAUCCAACAAAUAAUGAAAUUUUAUAAGUUUAAUGGGCAAUAUGUAUAGAUAGAAGAAUAUUUAAACCAUAUACAAAUACUCGUUUUGAUGAAGCAGCAAGUCUAUGUGCCGCUGAUUUUGGUAUUUCAGGAGCUUCUGUUAAAGAAUGUGCUAAUGUAUGAAUUAUUAAUAUAUAUAUUUUUAGAAUGAUUAAGGUUAUAAAUUACAUUUAGCAGCAGCUGAAGAAACAGAUAAACUUUCACCAGCACAUCAAUAUGUUCCAUGGAUAACAACAAAUAAGAGACAUAGUGUGACUGAUGAAAAUCUUAUAUUAGAAGAUUUAGUUACAUGGGCAUGCAAUAAUUACAAAGGUGUUAAAAUUGAUGCUUGCACUACUAGAAGUGCUUGAUUUAAAUAAAU